CGAACAGACCCAUUGUCUCGACAAUUGCAACUUCGCAACCUUUUCUUGCGAAUGGAACGCGAUUGACAGGAAAGAAAUUUAAUUUUGCCGAAUAGUAGAGGACUACGAUCGUAGAGCAAAACGUCAAGCGAUGGUCAGUUUUUCUUGGCUACAUGUCGAUCCAUACAUUUAUUUUUCUUUGUAGCGGGAAUCAGUGUUGUGAAUUAGUAGAACAUAAACCCUUGAUGUUGCACGGGCACGAACGUGCCAUUACUAAAAUCAAGUAUAAUAGGGAGGGAGAUCUAGUGUUCUCUGCUAGUAAGGACAAGCAACCAAAUGUUUGGUACUCGCUGAACGGCGAGCGUCUUGGUACCUUCAAUGGUCACAAUGGCUCUGUGUGGUGUAUCGAUGUCAACUGGGACACCACACGCUUAUUAUCAGGCAGUGGUGACAACACUCUGAGAGUCUGGGACUGUCAAACUGGUAAGGAAAUUGGACAGCUGACCACAAACAGUUCUGUAAGGGCAUGUGGAUUUAGUUACUCGGCGAACCUCGCUGUAUUCUCCACCGACAAGGCUUUGGGUCACCAAUGUGAGAUGUUCAUUAUGGACGUGCGAAACGUCGACUCCACGUUAUCGCAAGAAGACGCGAUCUCUAGAAUCUUGGUCAAUGGUCCCAGGAUUUCAGCUAUACUAUGGGGUGCCCUUGAUGAGACCAUUAUCACUGGUCAUGAAGAUGGUGAAAUUAAACUUUGGGAUGUGAGGACAGGAAAGAAGCUGUCCAGCAUUAAAGGUCACAAAUCUCAGAUAAAUGAUAUGCAAUUUAAUAAAGAUGGCACCAUGUUUGUAACUGCGUCCAAGGAUCACACAGCAAAACUUUUCGAUAGCGAAUCACUGGUGUUACUAAAGACUUACAAGACAGAAAGACCUGUAAACUCUGCUACGAUAUCACCAAUUUUUGAUCAUGUGGUUCUUGGCGGUGGCCAAGAUGCCAUGGACGUGACCACAACAUCCGCGCGACAAGGCAAAUUCGAUUCGCGGUUCUUCCACUUAGUGUUCGAGGAAGAAUUCGCACGUUUGAAAGGACACUUUGGUCCUAUCAACUCUCUCGCUUUUCACCCUAAUGGUCGCAGCUAUUCCACAGGCGGAGAAGAUGGUUACAUCCGUAUUAAUAAUUUUGAUCAAUCUUACUUUGACUUUCAUUUUGAGUAUUAAAUUUAUCAAUCAAAACAUGUAUAUGAGAAUAUAUAUAUAAGUAAUGUUUCAUUUAGUUUGGAAAAAUAA